AUGCAAAAUAAGAGAAGAAGGCCUUUGGAGUUCACUAUAGGAGAGCAUGUUUUUCUUAGACUGAAUCCAACCACUGGAGUGGGCAGAGUCGUUCAUCCUAAGAAGCUGUCUCCCAAGUUCGUUGGCCCUUAUCAAAUCCUAAGGAGAAUCAGACCAGUGGCGUACAAGUUAUCCUUGCCUCCUCAACUAUCCAAUCUUCAUCCAGUCUUCCACGUUUCUCAACUUCGGAAGUACAUAGCAGACCCUUCUCAUGUACUGGAGUUAGAAGACGUUCGUCUUCGUCAAGACCGAACGGUUGAGAUGCAACCAGUUCGUAUUGAAGAUAGUCGCACCAAGUACUACAAGAGGAAAGCCAUUAGAUUGGUGAGAGUGGUCUGGGACGAGAAGACUAGCGACUUUACAUGGAAAAUGGAAGAUGCCAUGAGAGAUUUAUAUCCUCAUCUAUUUUCGGGUAAGCAUUAA